GCAUCUUAUACGAAGUUAUCCGAAAUGUUUAUUUUUUGUGUUAUAGUUUUGGUGAUAGCUAUUUAUUUUUACGGAAUUCGAAAUCAUGACUACUGGUCUAAGAGAAAUGUAAAAUAUGAUCGACCUUGGCCUAUCUUCGGUAAUUACUUCAAUUACGUAUUUGGAAUCAAGAGUAUUACUGUUACCACCACCGAGUUGUAUAACAAAUAUCCCAAUGAGAAAGUGGUAGGAAACUUUUGUGGUAAUACACCAGAGCUCAUCAUUCGAGAUCCAGAUAUAGCGAGGGAUAUUUUAAAUGUUGACUUCGCACAUUUUUACCUUCGAGGAUUGGGUAGAGACAUCAAAAAGGAGCCUCUCCUACAAAAUAUUUUCAGUGCUGACGGUGACUUAUGGAAGCUUGUGCGCCAAAGGUUGACUCCAGCGUUUACUACAGCUAAACUGAAGGGUAUGUUUCCUUUAAUUGUCAAAUGUGCAGAAAAACUUCAUGAUUUAGGUGAUGACAUUGUCGCAAACGGUGGAGAGUGUGAUGUACGGGAUCUAAUGGCUAGAUUCUCUACAGAAUUUAUAGGCGCUUGUGGAUUGGGCAUAGAAAUGGAUACGAUUACCAACGAGAAUUCAGUCUUUAGAAAUAUGGGAAGAGAAAUUUUUAGCAGAUCGCUUACAGAUAUUUUGGCCUUAGGUACCUACGAAAUCUUACCAGAAAUUAGAAGUUAUUUUAUGCAGCUUAAUAAAGACUUAGACAGUUUUUUUAUUAAAAUGAUUACAAAAGUUUUUAAACACAGAGACUAUAAACCUUCAGGUAGAAACGAUUUUGUCGACCUCCUGUUAAGUCUAGCAGCAAAAGGCACAAUAAAAGGAGAAUCUAUUGAACACAGACACCCCGACGGAACACCGAAGGAAGUCGAACUGGAAAUGGAUGAAUUGUGCUUGGUAGCUCAAGUAUUUGUUUUCUUUGCUGCCGGUUUCGAAACCUCAUCUUCAUCGACAAGUUACGCUUUACACGAACUAGCUUACAAUUCGGAUUUACAACAAAAAAUUCAGAAUGAAAUUGAUCAAGUCCUAUCAAAAUACGAUAAUAAAUUGUGUUACGAAGCAGUAGCAGAAAUGACUCUUCUAGACUUGGCGUUCAAAGAAGCUUUAAGAAUGCUCCCACCUGUAGGAGUUUUGAAUAGGACUUGCGCCAGUCAAUACACAAUCAAACAACUCGGUAUAACUAUAGAUCCAGGUGUUAGAAUCAUUAUUCCUGUAAGCGCAUUACAUCACGAUGAAAAAUAUUAUGAAAAUCCAGAACAAUUUAAGCCAGAAAGAUUUGCGACAGGUGAUAUCACAUCAAAAUACGUAUAUUUGCCUUUCGGAGAAGGACCUCGAGCUUGCAUAGGGGCUCGCUUAGGUCAUAUGCAGUCACUAGCCGGACUCGCCGCACUAUUGCGUAAAUUCUCGGUGGAACCUUCAGGAAAAACACAUAGAAAAUUGAGGCUAAAUCACCGUCUACAUGUGGUACAGGGUGUUAAAGAUGGUAUACCACUAAAACUAAAAUUGAGAAAUAAAUAACUUUCCAG